GGAAGCCCAUCUUGCUCUUUCAGGGAAGCCUCGGCUGCAGGAGGAGGGUCAUAGCUCAGUAUGCAGCCAAUCCGCGCCAGCUCUGCCAGUUAACAGAGCAGAAUGGGCUGUAGUUUAGUGUAAUAGGAAAGCUGCAAAACAGUGUGGAGUGCUCUUGGAGUAAAAAUUUAAAAAAGAAAAAAGAGAGGGGGGCAUAGGAGGGGGGUUUGAAAAAGGAGAAACAAAGUUCCCUAACUCACAACUUGAUCAUUUACCGGUACUGGGGUUGGUGUUCUGCAAAAGGGGAGCCCGUCGGACUUUCUUGGACUGCGGUAACGCGCUGCUACUAUUGUUCGUGGGUCCCCCUUCCCUGAAAUAUGGCAAAGGUUCAGGUGAACAAUGUAGUGGUGCUGGACAACCCUUCGCCUUUCUACAACCCUUUCCAGUUUGAAAUUACGUUCGAGUGCAUAGAGGACCUGUCCGAAGAUUUGGAAUGGAAAAUUAUCUAUGUGGGCUCAGCAGAAAGUGAGGAGUAUGAUCAAGUUCUAGAUUCAGUUUUGGUGGGCCCUGUUCCUGCAGGAAGACACAUGUUUGUAUUUCAGGCAAAUGCUCCCAAUCCAGGAUUAAUUCCUGAUGCAGAUGCUGUAGGAGUAACAGUUGUGUUAAUCACCUGCACCUACAGAGGUCAAGAAUUUAUUAGAGUUGGCUAUUAUGUAAACAAUGAAUAUACUGAAACAGAACUGAGAGAAAAUCCUCCAGUAAAGCCAGAUUUUUCUAAGCUCCAAAGGAAUAUUUUAGCAUCUAACCCCAGGGUCACAAGAUUCCAUAUUAAUUGGGAGGACAACACAGAAAAACUGACAGAUGCAGAGAGCAGCAACCCAAAUCUUCAGUCACUCCUUUCUACAGAUGCACUGCCUUCUGCUUCAAAAGGAUGGUCAGCAUCAGAAAAUUCACUAAAUGUUAUGUUAGAAUCUCAUAUGGACUGCAUGUGACCGACUACCCUUCAGCACUAUACAUGCGUUAGGAUGUAGACAUACCACACACACACCCCACCACCAGAAACUAUUUCCUUGGAAUUGCAUAUUCAACAAAAUGUGAAGAAUUUGUUUAACCCCCCACCACAUCCUGUAGAGUUUAUAAGGAAAGGUAUUUGAGUGGAUGUAUAAAUAAAAACUAUUUUUAAGUAA